GCCUGAUCCUAGUGAAAUAAAUGAAGCUAUAAAGCUCUUCUUCUCAGAGUUAGCAGACCUUGAUUAUGAGCCUAGUUAUAAUGAUCAUACAUAUUUUCAAUAUUUGUCUAAUAGUAAAGAUGAUAUCACUCUUCUAGAUGCCUAUCAUUCUGAGAAAAUUUUUGAUAAAUAUAUUAUUCAGAUAGCAGGGAAGGACAUCAACGCGAGACAGUACCCUGAUCCUACAAAUCCUAAACUCCCUUCUUUAGAUAAAUAUAAAAUUUUUCACAAAGAUUUAUUAUCUAAAAUCUUAAUUACCUAUACUAAUAUUCUAUACUUUGAUUUAAAACAUUUUGUAACUUUAAAUGCUUUUACCUUAGCCAGUUCAUCUAAUGCUAACAAAUGUAGUUGGCAUAUUGUAUAUAAUUAUACAUAUUAUAUUGACUAUAGAGAUCUUAGAGAUUUUGUGGAAAAACUUCUUGAAUUAGUUAAAGAAGAUAGAGUUAAAAGACCUGCAAUUUUUUUAGUCAAGAAAGAAUAUUACAAGCUAGAAGAUUAUUUAGUUCAACCUAAGUUAGAUGCUUCUGAAAUCUGGUCCCGAACUUUUUCUUCUGAAAAAUCAGAAAAAGAGGAGUUUCAACUCAUCAAAGAUGAAACUACCUAA